AUGGGCUCCCUGCUCCCUCUCGGGUCAGGAAGCACUUCCUUCAUCGUGAAGCCCUCUGACACCCGACCUCAGCAAACAGGAGCUCUCGCGCGUCUCCCUGCCGAGCUGAUGCACAUGAUAGCCAAGAACAUCCCCGAGCCCAGUACUAAAGACCUCCGAUCCCUAGCCUUAUCUUCAGCUGGACUCUUCAACGCCAUCCGUCCCUUAUACUACCGUUCAGGCCACUUCGAAGACUUCCGGGAAGCACUCAAGACUGCCGAUGUCGCCAGAAUGGAGCGUAACCACCAGUUCGGCGGUCUUGAUGUCUCGGUCGCCUGGGAGAAGAGACAUAUUCGGUGCAAAUGCUUGAAUAAGCUUGCGCAUCAUCGCAAGCACAGUCCAGUUGAUGUACUGUUGUUUGGAAUCAUCAAAGGACCCUGGAACCCCAGUUUCGCGAAUGCCCUUGUGUGGCUAUAUUCAAAGGGAUUUCCGGUCCAACACUGGCCUGCAGACCAUCACUCCCUUGAGUCCAUGGUCAACAUGAUGCCAGAAGUCCUUGUGCAGCUGUUCCAGAGAGGUAUCAACGACCAAGAAAAGGUUAAUAGCAUCUGCGGAAUGAUCAAGUUCCUCAGUAGCCAGGGCUUCCCCAUUCCCCUCCGGCUCAAUCCCCAGCGAUCUCCCGACCACAAAGCCAGAGCACGAAAAGAAAGCCCAUCGAACUGCCACUGUUCUACAUGCGGCCCCCCCGGGCUUCAUGUAUGGCACGAAACUACCAUGUCCAUUGCCCUUCGAUCCCACUGCCCUCCCGUCGUCCUGGAAGUCCUUCUCCAAGAGUACACCAAGCGCGGCAUUUUCCUCACAGAUUUCGAACUGGAUACUUGGGAAGCCCCGCCAGAAAUGGAGGAUUGGCACGAAGCCCAGGAACCUUCCUUUAUUCGCAUGUCGCCCCACGAUCACAGGCGGCUUUACAAGCCUUGGUUCAUCGAGACAGACUUUGCCCUUGUAAUCACUAGUCUGUACGCUGAUCUCACGGAACCUCUUACCGGCUGGGAAGAGGAGUAUCAAGGACAAACAGCCGACAUCUGGGAAGCCAAGAUGGACUUGCUCUUGCGCUACAACGCCAUCGACGAGGAUGAGCAGUCUUUAUUCGAGGGAACUCUCAAAGCUCUUCGAAAGGUCGCCAGAAUGGCCCCGGGCACCGAUGACGUCGCCCUAAAGCUACGUUGGGGCGAAUUCCGCAAGGCAAUUCGAGAUUCCGCAACUUCGCCUGAGCUCGCGAGCGAUUGGGAUGAAGAUGAUUGGAGCGAAUCUGAGGAUCCCGAGUGGACGCGUCGUCCGCACCGGUUUUACAUCGACCAGGACAUCAUGCCAAAGUUCUGGAAUAUUGGAAGUGCUGUGGUCAGAGAUCUCGAUUAA